AUGGCGAAUCGUAUGAUGUCGACGUUGGAAGAAGCAGCAAGAAAAGCUCGAGAUAAUUGCAUACGUCUCUCGAUAAAUGAGCGUCUGAAUAACGCACUCUCGGCGAUUAAUCUCGCUUUAGAAUUGUAUCCUAUCGAACCGGAAUUUCAUUUGCAACGAAGUAUUGUCUAUCGAAAGAUGGGAAAGUUUGAAUUGGCAACAGAUGAAUGUUUGCUACUAUUUGAUAAAACAGGGCAUAAUGAGACCAAUCCUCUCUAUCAGCAAGCACAAAAACAGUUCGUUUUUAUAUACAACGAAUGUUCAUUAAAAUGUUUACAAACUGGAUUCCAAGAUGAUGCGAUCAAUCUAUUAAAUCGAGCGAUUAAUAGUGAGAAAAAUUCCGCUGAAUUAUACAUAAAUCGAGGAGAUUGUUUCAUUACCAAAGGAGAAAUCACAUUCGCGUUACAAGAUUACGAACAAGCAUUGGAGCUAUCACCUGACAAUGUCGAAAUUAAAUUACGUAUCUCAAAUGUAUUUUUCAAUAAAGCAGAGCAAUUAUACAAAGAAAAGCGAUUUCUUGAAUCUUGCACGGAAUUAACUCGAGCUAUUACCAUCAAUCCAUCCGUUGCGAAAUAUUAUGUAUCACGAUCACGUGUGAAGUUUUUAACCGAAGAUACACAAUGUGCUCAAGAAGAUAUUAUAGCCGCGAUAUUGAUCAAUCCAUUAGAAGAUGGAUGUAUUGAUGUUCUACCUCGAUUAUUUGUUGAUACGACUCUUGCGGAAGUUCUAAGUUCUCCAUUGGCAAAAUAUGUCAAAGAAAAUCUAAUACAACGAGGCGUUCGAUUAACAAUUACUUAA